AGGUGAUUGUCGCGCCGCGCUCAUCCCCCUUCACAUGCCCGACGCGGCCCCGAAUGGGAAGAUGGCGGCCGCGAGUGCGCCCAAGGUGGCGCGCUUGGUGUGGAUGUCCAAGGACCACAAGGCCAGCUCCCCCGAUGAGUACAAGCGCAUCACCGAGCUCGGCGGCUUCGUCAACGACGGGCGCGUGGAGGGCUUGGAGCCGUCCAGGACAUUGGGCGACUUCGACGUGAAAAUGAAGGUGAAGAAGGGGGUGAUUUCCAUCGUUCCCGAGGACAAGCGGCGGCGUGGACGCGACCAGCGACUGGAGGUGCGGUGCCAGGAGGUAUCCGACGGCACGUCGCCUGGGCAGGCUAUAUUGGUUUGCGCAACCGACGGAGUCUGGGAUGUGAUCUCGGGCCAGGACGUGUGCGAUUUGAUCCACGCGCGAAAGGAUAUCGUGAGGCUCCAGCUGGCGCUGAGCGGAGAGGUGCCCGCGGGCACUAGCCAACCCCUGCGUGACUUCGCCGAGGACCUCGUGCAGUUUGCCGUGGCCCGCGGCAGCCGGGACGACUGCACCGCUGUGGCGGCCCUCAUCGACGUGCGCUCUCCGGGCAAGCGCGGGAGCGGGGGCGUGAGCUUCCCAGGGGCCGGGGCGGGCAGCGCUUCGCGCAGCGCACCGUCGGUGUUGCCGCCGAUGAGCAGCAGCGGCAGGGCUGCGCAUUCAAAA